GUCAGUGGGACUGUGGGGCAGUGGGAGUGUUUAUGGAGCCUUCAAUUCACUCACUCAUUACAGCCCGUUUCUCGUGAAAGCCUGCGGGCGUGAGAGAAGAAUUUCAUUCCUGAUCAGUGAUUUCUAAUCUUCAGACCCACAAAUCUCUCUGUUUACUCUUCUCUUUGGGCGUCUGCGUGUGUAAGAAAAAGAAAAACACCUGGUCCGUGAAGCCUGUGCCAAAGCAUUGUACCCUUUACUCUUUUUUUUUUUUUUAAAUUUCUGUCUAGUCUCUCGGUAGCCCCGUUUAAACAAUCACAGCAGCCCUGCCUCUCCAGUCAUUUUCAUGUUUGGCUCCAAAACCAUCUUCUUUCUCGAUAGAACGAUAAGCAUUCCAUACUAGUCUCAUUCCUUAAUGCAGGUCCUUUUGUAUCUCUUUUGUCUGUUUCUUCUUGUUCUGGUUCUUGGAAGCUUUCCCUUAGAUAUGGUUCUCUUUGAGUUUUGGUCCUGGGUCUAGAUUGGUACAGUUUUCCCCCGGAAAUUAAGGGAUUGGUGUGCUCUAUAACUGGGUUUCAACAAAAUCUAAAAUGGGGUUUCUUGAAAAAGUCGAAACGUGAGGGGUAUUAGAUUUCUGGGCUUUUUUUUUCUUGGUGGGUGCCUUGUAUGGUUCUCAACAGGAGCUCAGAAGCUCCAUUGAAGUGGGCGAUACAAGCAGUUAGUGAGAAGAAAUUUUGAGGCAGAAAAUAAUCAUAAGAGAAGUCGGAUUCUCAAUAUUUUGGCCUUUUGAUCACUGUUUUUGAGCUUGGGGAAGAAAAUUUGAGUUAUUUCACCAUAAUUAACUCUGCGAAAGAAGGCAUCCCACUGAUGGCAGUUUUUUGCUUGUUCUCUCUUUUGCUAGUUGGGUUUAUAUCAAAGCUUCAGCAUGGGGAUGCUCAGCUCCAUGAUCAAACUACGCUGUUUUCCAUUGACAACGAGCUUGGAAUACCUGGCUGGGGAGCCAACUACUCAGAUUACUGCUCUUGGCCCGGCAUUGGCUGCGGUUUGAACAAUUCGAUGGUGGAAAGGCUUGAUCUUUCUCGCCGAAACCUCCGAGGUAAUGCGACUCUAAUUUCUGAGCUCAAAGGUUUGAAGUGGCUUGACCUUUCUAGUAAUGAUUUCCAUGGAUCAAUUCCUUCAGCGUUUGGGAAUUUAUCUGAGCUUGAAUUUCUUGACUUGUCAUUGAAUAAGUUUGAUGGUUCAAUUCCUAGAGAAUUGGGUAGUCUCAACAACCUUAGAACAUUGAAUCUUUCGAACAACUUGCUUGUAGGAGAAAUACCAGACGAGCUUCAGGGCCUUGAAAAGUUACAGGCCUUUCAAAUUUCUAGUAAUAAACUGAGUGGUUCUAUUCCAAUUUGGGUGGGCAACUUGACCAACCUCAGAAUUUUCACAGCCUAUGAGAAUGAUUUAGGGGGUAAAAUCCCUGAUAAUCUGGGCUUGGUUUCUGAGCUUCAAUCGCUGAAUCUACAUUCAAAUCUGCUUGAAGGACCGAUACCUAAGAGCAUUUUUGUUUUGGGAAAGCUGGAAGUCCUGAUUCUGACCCAGAAUAAAUUAAGCAGUGAUCUUCCUGAAGAAAUUGGGAACUGCAAAGGCCUUUCUAGUAUCCGAAUAGGCAACAAUGAUCUUGUAGGCUCCAUUCCUAAGGCGAUUGGAAAUAUUAGCAGCCUUACAUACUUUGAGGCAGAUAACAACAAGCUCUCUGGGGAUGUUGUCCCAGAGUUUGCGCAAUGCUCUAAUCUCACCCUCCUAAAUUUGGCCUCUAACGGAUUUACUGGAACUAUUCCUCAGGAGCUUGGACAGCUCGUGAAUCUGCAGGAAUUGAUUCUCUCUGGCAACAAUUUGUUUGGUGAUAUUCCAAAAUCAAUUCUUGGUUGUAAGAGUCUUAACAAGCUUGACCUAAGCAAUAAUAGAUUCAAUGGCAGUAUACCAAAUGAAAUCUGCAACAUGUCAAAAUUGCAGUACUUGCUCUUGGAUCAGAAUUCAAUAAGAGGGGAGAUACCUCAUGAAAUUGGAAACUGUGUGAAACUCCUUCAAUUGCAAAUGGGUAGUAACUAUUUAAGUGGAGAAAUACCUCCUGAGAUUGGCCAUAUAAAAAACUUACAGAUAGCAUUAAAUUUGAGCUCCAAUCAUCUCCAUGGGUCGCUGCCUCUUGAGUUAGGGAAACUGGACAAGCUGGUUUCUUUGGAUGUCUCUAAUAAUAGGCUCUCCGGUAAUAUCCCAUCUUCAUUUAAGGGCAUGUUGAGCUUGAUAGAGGUCAAUUUCUCAAAUAAUCUACUCACUGGCCCAAUACCCAAUUUUGUACCAUUCCAAAAGAGUCCAAAAUCAAGCUUUCUAGGGAACAUAGAGCUCUGUGGAGAGCCAUUGACACCUCCAUGUGCAAGCUCUCAUAGUUCUGACAGUGAGAAUUACCAUCACAAGGUCUCUUACAAGAUCAUACUAGCUGUUAUUGGUUCUGGUUUGGCAGUUUUUACGUCAGUAACUGUAGUUGUUCUGCUGUUUAUGAUGAGAGAGAGACAGGAAAAAGAAGCCAAAGCUGCUGGAAUUGAAGAUGAUGCAACCAAUAAUCGACCGAUGAUACUAGCAGGCAAUGUCUUUGUUGAGAAUCUCAGACAAGCAAUUGAUCUUGAUGCUGUUGUAAAAGCAACUUUGAAGGAUUCGAAUAAACUUAUCAGUGGGACUUUCAGCACUGUUUACAAGGCAGUUAUGCCUUCUGGGCUAGUUCUGUCAGUGAAGAGACUUAAAUCCAUGGACCGGACUAUCAUUCAUCACCAGAGCAAGAUGAUUAGAGAGCUCGAAAGGCUUAGCAAACUGUGUCAUGAUAAUCUAGUGCGGCCUGUUGGAUAUGUUAUUUACGAAGAUGUUGCUCUUUUAAUCCAUCAUCACUUACCGAAUGGGACAUUAGCCCAGCUGCUUCAUGAUUCUACCAAGCAACCUGAAUAUGAACCCGACUGGCCUACACGACUCUCUAUUGCUGUCGGCGUGGCAGAAGGGUUAGCUUUCCUUCAUAAUGUGGCAAUUAUCCACCUUGAUAUUUCUUCUGGCAAUGUUCUUUUGGAUUCUAAUUCCAAGCCUUUGGUUGGGGAGAUUGAGAUAUCAAAGCUCUUAGAUCCGUCCAAAGGCACUGCAAGUAUUAGUGCGGUUGCAGGCUCAUUUGGCUAUAUUCCACCAGAAUAUGCAUAUACAAUGCAAGUUACAGCACCAGGAAAUGUUUACAGCUAUGGUGUAGUUUUGCUUGAGAUCCUUACUACCCGAGUACCAGUUGAUGAGGCUUUUGGUGAAGGGGUAGACUUGGUGAAGUGGGUUCAUACUGCCCCAGCACGAGGGGAAACCCCAGAGCAGAUACUUGAUGCAAGGCUUAGUACAGUUUCUUUUGGUUGGAGGAAGGAGAUGCUUGCAGCUCUGAAGGUGGCAUUACUCUGCACUGACAACACACCAGCUAAGCGGCCAAAAAUGAAAAAAGUGGUGGAAAUGCUUCACGAAAUAAAGCAGAACUGAUGGAUGAUACCCGUGCGAGUUCUUUAACGGGAUGGAGGCUCUGGAAACUGGGAAAUCCUCAUAUCUUUUAGAAGGAACGAGAUUCAUAACUUUAAUAUUCGGCUCGUUUCCGAAUUUGUCUUCCACAGAUCGAGGCAGUGGCAUGCCCUGCGUUUUUCAGGCUAGCUAGUUAAAUACCUCUUGGAUCAUUUGUCCGCUUGCUCUGUAUCAAAAAAAGGGCUAAUGAUAAAUGGCAGCUUCUUGCAAUCUGUUUGAGUUGGCCAAACAAAUGAAAUCAGGUGGUGGGUUAAUGCAAUCACGAUAGUCCUCGAAAGAGUGAGGACUACCCAGUUUCUUUCUGUAUCACACAUUAGGCUAGCAAUUGAAGUGCUGAAAAGAGCAAGCUGGAUGCUCUGAUUUUUGUGUGGCA